UUUUGCGUUGUUAUUGUUAGUUUUUACGCUAAUAGACUAAGUUGACACUACUGUUGAUCCAGCCAGUUUAUCCAGACAGUCGUUACACUUUAGAUCUUCAAACAUAGAGUAGAACACAGUAUGUUCGACUUGAAGUCAGGAUUUAUCGUGUCAGUAGUACUAGCCUGCAGCGUACUAAUAUCCGAUGCAGUCGAAUUUCAAAUAUACAAUCUGGCUCAAAGUUGGCCACAGACUAGCUGUUGGGACUUGAAUAACCUAUGGGCGGAAGCCGCGACGGCAGAGUGCAGUAAAUGCCAAAUGCCCAAAGAUAAACAAAGUUUCACAAUACAUGGACUAUGGCCUUCUAAUAAGAAUAAAAGGAGCCCGGAAAAUUGCGGUACAGAGCAAUUAAACGCUCAGUCAUUGAACAGCCAGAAAGCAGUAUUGAAUCAAAAAUGGCCAAGCUUCAACAUGAAGAAGUCCAACGUUAACUUUUGGGGCUAUGAAUGGAUGAAACAUGGGACUUGCUCUCCAUUCAGUGUACCCGAGUACUUUGGCAAAAGUGUGGAAUUGUUGGACAAAAACAAUGCAGGGCAGGUGCUCGCCAGUGCCGGAAUUGUUUCCGGUAAUAAGUACCCGUACAGUCAAGUUGUGAAAGCACUUGAAGACAGAUUAAAAGUUAAUGUGCGAAUCAAGUGCGCCACGAAUUCGGCAACACAAGAGGAGUAUAUCAACGAAGUCAAUAUAUGCUACGAUAAAUCAUUCCAAUUAACGAACUGUAAAAACAGUGGCAGUACAACCAACUGUAAGAACCCUACUCUACAGUAUCCAGCGAACUUGAAAACGUGUCCUCAGUAAAUGUAUGACAUGUAAUAAAAUAAUGCAUGUGCAAUACUUAUAGCAAUAAUUUGUAAUAUCCAUGUUAUUAUACAAAUUAGUAUAUCUAUUAAAUUUUUA